AAUCCGUUGCCCGUUCAACACGAAACAGCAGCCAGUUGAGGGCGAGUGACCAAGAGAAGCGGCGUUUGGUGUAUUACGUGCCUUAUAACUGUGAUUUUAACCGAUUUCUAAGUUUUAUACCUAUACUGGACUGUGGCUCGAAUUACCCGGAACAACAAAGAUGUCUAAACAUGACAAAGACAACGUUAUUCCCGAUAUAAUCCACGAUGGAAAUACGGGAAAGAGCUACAUUAAGGGUCGUUUCUUCGGGAAGGGUGGAUUUGCAAAAUGUUACGAGAUCAAGGAAUCGAAGUCUCAUCAUGUAUUUGCUGGAAAAAUUGUGCCCAAAUCAAUACUGACAAAAGUCAAUCAGCGUGACAAAAUGACGCAGGAAAUACAUAUUCAUCAAAGUCUCACACACAGACAUAUCGUCGGGUUUCACGGAUUCUUUGAAGAUGCCCAAAAUAUUUACAUCAUAUUAGAACUUUGUCGUAAAAGGUCAAUGAUGGAGUUGCACAAAAGAAGGAAAGCUCUGACAGAGUGUGAAACACGCUAUUACAUGAAGCAGAUCUUGGAUGGUGUCGCCUAUCUGCACAAGAAUAAAAUCAUUCAUCGAGAUCUGAAACUAGGAAAUCUUUUCCUAGAUGACGAUUUACAAGUAAAAAUAGGUGACUUUGGAUUAGCUACAAAACUAGAACAUGAUGGAGAAAGGAAAAAAACUUUGUGCGGGACUCCAAAUUACAUAGCUCCAGAAAUUCUGACGAAAUCUGGACAUUCCUAUGAAGUUGACAUCUGGAGCAUUGGAUGUAUAAUGUACACUCUUCUUGUGGGAAAACCACCUUUCGAAACAUCAAGCCUCAGGGAAACAUAUGCCAGGAUAAAACAAGUGCAAUACAAAACUCCAGCUUUUCUAAGCAAACCUGCAAUGAAUAUGAUUGCUAAUAUGCUUCAAGGGAACCCCACUAAACGACCCAGUGUUAACAAACUGAUCAAAGAUGCAUUCUUCACAUCCGGAUUCUUGCCAACAAGUCUUUCAAUAUCUUGCCUCACAAUGGCACCUCGUAUGGAUGCGUUGGAAAUGCACAACCAGCGUAAACCAUUGACUGAAAUGAAUGGAAAUGGAUGCGGAGACAUAAAUGAUGCUCUAUUCAGAAUUCCGCAAAGUCCUGCUCUCAAGGCUAAAGCUACCGAAAUCAGUGAUGAAAAAAAAUUAAAUCUCGAUAUAAAGAAGAUGUUGCAGACACUAAAAGAACAAUUAGCAGCUGUAUUGAAAGCAAAGCCUGCCCGGGACCUCGUCGCUUUUGGAGACGAGAUGACAGAUCCAGAUGCACAACCAUUUGUUUGGAUUAGUAAAUGGGUGGACUACUCAGACAAAUAUGGCUUUGGAUACCAAUUAUCUGAUGAAGGAGUUGGUGUGAUGUACAAUGACGGAACACGUCUGAUAAUGCUUGCGAACGGUUUCAAUGUUCAUUACAUAAACCGUGAAGGAACAGAAGUUUACUAUACAGUUAAGGAAUAUCCGGCUAACUUGGACAAGAAGAUGAAGCUGUUGAACUAUUUUCAACGAUACAUGAAUGAACACCUAAUGAAAGCUGGGGGCUCGGUGACUGUUAAGCAAAGUGAUUCAAUGUCCAGGAUUCCCUACAUGCAUCAGUGGUUUAGAACGCAAAGCGCUGUAGUUAUGCAGCUGACUAAUGGAUCCGUACAGAUAAACUUCUUGGACCACACCAAGAUUAUAAUGUGUCCUUUGAUGGCUGCUGUCACGUACAUUGAUAGUGAGAAAAACUUCCGAACGUACAGAUUCCAAACGAUUCAAGAAAACGGUUGUAGUUCUGGACUAGCAAAGAACUUAGCUUACGCUCAUGAAAAAGUUGGUUUUAUGCUGGUUAGUCCGCAGUCACGAUAGUUUCAUAACUCAAUCUAGUACUGAUUAAAAUAAUUAAGCUAAUGAUUAACCAUAAUAUCAUUCAACGUAUGAAUAAGCGACGCCACGUCCAAUGCAAGAAAUUUUAACGUCUCUCAACUUUUUUGAAGACAUUUUUUAUAAUUACUGCUAGCUAGGUAUCCAGACAGCCUGUUGUUAAUUUUAAUUAUUAUGUAUUAUUUUUUUUAUGGAUAGGUCUAUAGUAUUUUUCUAUAAGCUUUUUUUUUAUGCGUCGAAAGGUGAGACAAGUAGUAGGUAGAAGUUGAUAGAAAGAAAAAACGAAGAAAGUGGAACAAACUUUCGUGAUCAUUGAAUGAUAUUUCUAAGCACAAAAUGAAUAACUAUUGAACUUUUAAGUGCCGAUGAAAUUAAUUAUAUAUGAUCCCACCUUAAUAAGAUAUAUACGUACACAUCAUGCAUUUGCAAAGCUGGAACUUAAUAUGAUUGUGCUUUCUGAGGACACAGAAUACUGGUACUUGGUAAGGUCAUUUAUUUCACAAGUACAAGGAGCGUGCUACCUCAGAUUACUAUUUAAAUUUUAACAAGUUCAAGCAGGCCAACAUUUCUGU